ACCGCGACGGAGGACUGAAUUCCGAGCUCGUAUUGAAUGCAAAUGGAAGCUGAAAAUGUAGAGGACACGUCGCCGUCGUCACCACCAACAUCGGCCAGGGACAAUCUCGUACCCCUCGCCUCCGCCUCUCAACAGCCUUACGUAUCCGAGCUCCUCUCUUUCACUCUGGAUCGCCUCCAUAAGGAACCGGAGCUUCUUCGAGUUGAUGCGGAGAGGAUUCAGAGGCAAAUGCAAGAGGUGGCGGUUGGAAAUUACCGCGCCUUCAUUGCAGCUGCUGAUGCGUUGGUUGCUAUUAAAGAGGAAGUCUCUUCCAUUGAUAAGCAUCUUGAAUCUCUCAUAACUGAGAUCCCGAAGUUGACAUCUGGUUGCACAGAGUUUCUUGAAUCUGCAGAAGAUAUUUUGGAGAAGAGGAAAAUGAAUCAGACGUUGCUUGUAAAUCAUGAUGUGUACGAAAUGGAAAUUAUGAUGAAGCUGUUGAUUUAGAAGCUUUUGUUUGUAAACUCUCAACCAUGCACCCCAAUUACCAGAAUGUCUCCGCAUUAUUGGAUAUUUACGUCGAAUUGGGGUCUUUAGCGAGUAUGAAAUGCAAUUGCAGGGGUGUUUUGUAUUUAGCUGGCUCUCUUUUCCUCUUCUUUUUAGGUAUUUCUUUCACAAGUGCCUUUCUUCUGACAUGAUUAUUACAUUUUUCAGUUUUUGAGAUGCCAAGAGGCAUGGCUCACUGGAAUUCUUGAGAAUCUGGACCAAAGGAACGCUUAUGAGUUUUUGAAAGGGAUCAUAAACUGUCAUAGAAUGCAUCUCUUUGAUGUUGUUAAUCAAUAUUGAGCAAUAUU